AUGUACACAUUUACCAUCAGCGGAGCCUACGGAAUCGAAGAAGCGGUGAUGGGCGGCGGUGUGCUCUUAACUAUUGUCUCCAUUAUUGUCAUUCCUGUGAUAAUGGGGGCUCCAAUGGUGCUGGUUGUGGCUGAGCUAGCAGCUGCGGUGCCGUCCAACGCCGGCUUCCUCAUGUGGAUCAAGCUGUCGUUUCACCGGUGUAUGUACCUCUCCAUGGCGACCAUGUCGCUCAUCUACAUCGCCGUUGACAAUGCUCUCUAUCCGACAAUGUUCUCCGAGUACUUGUGCACAUCCAUCAGCUGCAGUGAUACGGGGGCGAAGUUUCUGCGGCUGGGAAUGCUGCUCUUCACGUACGGCCUGAACGUGCUGGGUGUGGAAGCGGUUGGCGUGGCGAGUGUGGUGUUGACCGUGCUCACGGUGGCCCCGUUUGUGCUCAUGUAUCUUCUGCAACAGCUGAGCACGGGCUUUUACGUGAACUGGCCAGCCGUGGCCUACAUCCCGGCAUCCGUCGAUUGGACUAAGUUUGUCUCCACCGCCUCGUGGUGCCUCUCUGGACUGGAGCAGGCUGGGACAGUCGUGGAAGAAGUCGAGGACUCGCAGCGCACCAUAAUCGGAUCUCUCAUCCCGCUUAUUGGGCUUGCCAUCAUCACCUACGUACCCCCCAUCAUCACAGGCGCUAGCGUAUCGAGAGAACCAUUGGAUUUGUCGAAAUGGAAGACCGGGUACUGGGCUGAGGUAUCGUACCAGGUGGGCGGUAACGCUCUCAAGGUUUUUACCGUGGUGGGCGGGGUUCUCUCGGCGUUUGGGCUGACACUCUCCGCGCUGUGCACUACGACCCGCAUUAUUGCGGGGAUGGCGCUCACAGAGGCCUUUCCAGGAAAGGUGGGGGUGUGGUUUUCGCGGCGCAACAAGCGAUUCGGCACGUACCACUGGACACUGACCUUCAACACAGUCCUCACUGGACUCUUCUCGACGGUGAUGGGCUUCGGCUCUUUGGUGCUGGUGGAUCAGUGCCUCUACGGCAUUCGCGUUGUUGUAAUCUUAAUCUCGUUUUACCGCUUCCGCCAACUGUACCCGUAUCUGCCGCGACCCUUCCGAAUUCCAUUUGACGGUUGGCUACUGCACCUCAUGAUGGGCGUGGCCCUGGUGUCGUCUGUUGUCCUCACCAUUGUUUCUCUCUUUCAGGAAAGAUUAACGGUUAUCUUGUGCGUCGCCGUCGUCGGUAGCUCCGUUCUUGUGUCAUUCUUGUAUUGUCAUUUUGUGCACCGGCACGAUUUCGCUGGCCGUAUCGUCACCUUUGUCACGAUCCCUGUCAGCCACCACAGCAAUGGCGGCGAUGCGGAUGCGGUGGCGACGUGCCGUGUGUCGCCAGAGGCUCCUGCCUCCACAAGAGAAUAG